AUGAAGGAAAUAUUAGUACUUGUGUGUCUCCUUUCUCUCGCCCUCCGCGAUGCUGAUGGUUCGUGCUGGCACCGUACACCCGGUGGUCCUGCCCCACCAACUGGGACUCCUCCCACACCCACUACUCCUGCCCCAUCUCGUGGCCCCAAGAAAAUCCCACUCUAUCGCUACUGGAAUCCACACUGGGUCGACCAUCUCUACACAACCAACUUCGGAGAACUAGCCGGACGAAAAGGACAACACGGUUUUCGUUACGAAGGGAUCCAGGGUUACCUGUACAAGAAGAGGGUGAGAGGUUCGGUUCCACUGUAUCGCUACUGGAGACCUCGUGGUCGCGAUCAUUUCUACACAACCAACCCAAACGAGAUCGGAACCACAGUCCCAGGGCGGACGGGAAAGUAUGGAUACACGAGCGAGGGUCAUGUGGGUUUUUGUAUGCCUCGUAAAGUACCGGGAACUGUGCCACUCUACCGCUACUGGAAGGCCCACCGGGCAGACCACUUUUACACCAUUAACAUCAGAGAGAUUGGUACUGCUACGCCGGGAAGAGUUGGGAAGUAUGGAUACAAGUCGGAGGGAAUCACGUGCUUUGUGUUCACAAGACCUUGA